UUUGUUUGUUUGGUUGUUAGUUUGUAGUUUUCUAACCAGCGCCUCCAGUGACCCAGUGACCCGGUGACCCUGUGACCCGGUGACCCUGUGACCCUGUGACCCGGGCUGAGCUGACCCAUGUCCGGCUUCGACCUGGUCCCGCUGGACGGCGGGGCCCCGGUGCACCUGCCGCCGGGGGAGACGGUGCUGGGCAGGGGCCCCCUGCUGGGAGUCAGUGAUAAGAGAGUCUCCAGACUUCACGGGCUUCUGCAGAACCUGAGCGGGCGGCUGCAGAUCAAACCGAUGCACGUGAACCCGUGCUUCAUCCAGUCGUCCCUCACCGAUGACCCUCGACCUCUGAGGAGAGGGUCCUGGUCCCCCCUGCAGGACGGAGACGUGUUGUCUCUGCUGCCGGGGCAGUUCCUCUACCAGGUGCUGGCUGUGGGCGCAGGAGAGCACACUCCCAGAAACAGUCAGACGUUUGAAGAAGAAGAGGAGGAACGUCCCACUUCUCCUGAGCCAGAUGUGGAGCCGGCUCGUCCAAUCAGACUCAACCGUGGACAGACUCCGCCUCCUGAGGAGCCAAGGCUGGCAGAUCUGUCCAAUGAGGAGGAGGAAGAAGAGGAGGAGGAGGAGGAGGAGGAGGAGGGUCCCAGACGUUCACAUCAGGAAGACUUCACGCCUCCAGAGGAAGAGGAGGAUGAUGGCCGUGCUGUGAUGAAGAAGAGAGUUUUACCUGCGUGGAUGACAGCAGCUGUAGCUCCCAUUUCAGCCUCCAGUCCCAAAGUUCAGUCGUCCGUUAAGAGAAAUAAAACACCCAAAAAGACCACGCCCACUUUAACCCACUCACCUGAGGAGGGGGGGCUUAGUGAGGAGGAGGAGGAGCAUCCUAGGAAGAGGAGGAGGAAGGAUGUUGCCACAGUCCGUCCUCCGCGUGGCUCCAUCAGCCCUGAGACGAGCGGCGAGUCCCACAGCGUCGCCAUGGAGAUGGGAGAGGAGGGAGGAGGAGGAGAGACAUCCACGGCGGUCACCACGGCCACGACACAGGAAGCUGACGCCACUGGAUCCAAGAUGGAGGACAGGAAGUCGAAAGACGAACGACAGGGGACAAAACCAUCCUCGUCUGUCUCUGCUCGGCUCCGACCGCCGUGUCCGUACGGGAAGGACUGCUACAGGAAGAACCCGGCUCAUUUCCAGGAGACCAGUCACCCCGGUGACAGUGACUUCGAGGAGGAGGAGGAGGAGAAGGAGGAGGAGGAGGACCGACCCGAGUGUCCCUACGGCACAGACUGCUACAGGAAAAAUCCUCUUCACAGGAAAGAAUACAAACACACAAAGAGAGCAGCUCGAUCGAGAACCGUCCGCACGAAGAUCCCAGUCGAUGACGAAGAUGAAGACGAGUUCGACGACAGCUUCAUCGACGACGACAGCGAGGACGUGGGCCAGGACUCAGACUACGUCCCUCCGGACUCGGACGACAGCAGCAAAGAGGACGUGGACAGACUGCAGAGAGAAGCUCAGGACUUCCUGAAGAGGAGGAAGUAGAACCCGACUUCCUCCAGUGUGUUUAUUUGUGUCAUUUCUCAGCCGUCAGACUUUUAAUGUGACGUCACGAUGUAACAACACGAGGGGGAAGUGUAACUGACAGGAAGUGUAACUGACAGGAAGUGUAACUGACAGGAAGUGACUGAUGAGAACCAAUCAGGAAGAGAACGUCUGCCUCAUCGUUUACUAAAGUCUCAGUUUCUGUUCAGACUCAAACACAAACUCAAGAGUAAAAUAAAACGAGAUUAGUUUACAGUCUCUGAUUCAGAGGCUGGGAAACUCCACCAGGCGUAACCAUAGCAACAGUGACGAGUUUUUACACUUACGAGUAUCAGUGGGCGGAGCCUGAGAUGAUCGUAAACAUAACAAAAAAAAGUUAAUCAACUCUGAAACUGAAAAGAUGUUUCACAAAAAGUUUUCAUAGUUUUUCUUAAUCGUCUCUUUCCCGUCACGUUGUGUCUGUUGUUGACCAGCAGGUGUGAUAGAGGACACAAGAGACAAGGACACGUCUCUGUUGUUGACCAGCAGGUGUGAUAGAGGACACAAGAGACAAGGACACGUCUCAAAGUUCAGUCGUCUUCAGAGAGUUGAGCUGCUGAGAGGACACGUCUCUGAUCGUCCUCCUGGUUUAAUGAACGCUCGUCAGGAGCAAGAGGGCGUCGGCUCCUCACUGUCUGUUUGCUCACGUCCUCUCACAACAUUUCUGACUUCAAGUCGCGUCCUGUCGUCGUGUCGUCAUGGCAACCCAAAGCAAAACAACUGGUUGUGGUGAUUCCGGUUGAAAGAGAGAAAACACACUCACACACUGGUCAUGUGGAAGGAACCAUUUGAAAUGGAACAGUCCAGUUACGCUGCACAGAUUUAAACUGUAAAUAAAUAUGGACGACAUCAAAACUAUCAAAUCAUCUCAAUCGCCCCCGAGGGAGGAGGUAAUCGAUUACUCCUCUGUUGGAACUAGCAGGAGUAAUCGAUUACUCCUCUGUUGGCACUAGCAGGAGUAAUCGAUUACUCCUCUGUUGGAACUAGCAGGAGUAAUCGAUUACUCCUCUGUUGGAACUAGCAGGAGUAAUCGAUUACUCCUCCGAUGGAACU